AUGGGUAUGCUUCCGUUCCUGGACCAGCCGGUCUUGUUGCACUCUGACCGGGAUCCGGGAGAGUGCACCAUGACACCGGAGCAGUGUGCCUAUAAACAGCAGUAUUGGGUGUUCUGGUAUCAGGCUGAUCACCGUUAUGCCUUACCAACUGUGGCCUUUUUUCUGGUCGCAAUUAUUCUUUUCUCAAUGGCUCAUGUGACGGCGAGUGUCACACCACGGAGUGCAAAGAAGAGCCCAAUCUGGUGGCGUCCGCUGGCAUUUCUUCGGUUCCUGUCUUACAAGAGCUGGCGAAUCGGAGGGUGGAAUUCGCAAUCCCUGGGUGUUUUCCUCCUUGGAGCCGCAGGCCUAGUCUUUUUCCUUGCAAUGACCCUUGGGCCACAUCCUUAUUAUUGGCCAAACACCAAAGAACUCAGCUAUGGCGGGUCUCCACCCAUCGCCACGCGAGCCGGUUUCAUGGCUCUUGCCUGCAUGCCGUUCCUUAUCAUCCUUGGCGCCAAAACAAAUCCCAUCACGCUGUUCACAGGUAUCUCCCAUGAGAAGCUUUUCGUCUGGCACAACUGGAUUGCCUGGGCCAUGUUCGUGCUAGCACUGGUCCACACUUUCCCAUUUAUUGUAUAUCACAUAUGGUUAGGUGAUAUCAAAGAACAGUGGACUAGCGGUGGUGUUUGGGUAACCGGAGUCGUUGCGCUGAUCGCUCAAGCAUGGUUGACUUUCAUGUCAAUAUCCUGGAUCCGUAAUCGCUACUACGAAUUCUUCAAAGCCACCCAUUUCUUCAUGGCAAUGGUCUUCGUCAUCUUCUUCUUCAUCCAUUGCGAUUUCCGCAUGUCCUCUUGGGACUACUUUAUUGCUACCGCAGUGUUAUAUACCCUCUCCUGGUUGUACGCGCAAUGCCGAACAUGGUUCGAGCAUGGCAUACGACACAAGGCUCGCCUUGUGCCAGAGUCCGACGAAACACUGAAAGUGAGUAUCGAUACCAAGAUGGAGUGGGGGCCUGGUCAGCACAUUUUCUUGCGGUUCUUGACAUGUGGAAUGCAUUCUUUCACAUCUCACCCAUUCACGAUCUGCUCCGUUCCGCAAAAGGAUGGUAAGAAUCAGUUGGUAUUCUACAUCAAGCAACAUGGAGGUUUGACGGGUCGCUUGAUGAGCAUGGCCAAAAAGAACCCAGAGAUGCAAGUACCCGUUCUUUUAGAUGGUCCAUAUGGUGGGAUUCCAGCUGGUCGCCUCCAAGAAUUCGAUAAGUCUCUUGUCGUCGGUGGUGGUGCUGGUGCUGGGUUGACAUUAUCUAUGAUUGAAGAUUUUGUCCGCUUCUCUUCUUCGGACAAGGAGAUGAAGGUCAUUGUUGCUACCCGCGACCCGGGUAUGAGGGCGUGGUACUUACAGGCCCUGGAAGAUUUGGCAACAAGACAGUCUCAACAGAAACCCGUUGCGGGGUUAUCUGUUUACAUACAUGAGACCUUCUCGACACAAUUGACGCAGUCCAUUACAGAUUCGGAUGGGAAGGAAGCCGACGUGGGAGAGAGUGGGAAAAUGCAAAAAGUGCAUUCCAAUGAAUUUAAUCCUUUGACAAGUGAGAUGUUUGGUGUUCAGCUCUUUACGGGCAGGCCAGAUUUACCCAACGCUACCCGACAAUUGGCCAGCCAGGAGGGAACCUCUGUUGGUGUCAUUGUCUGUGGUCCUUCUUCCAUGACUCAUGAUGUUGGAACUGCUUCCUCGGAUGUUCAAAGCCACAUUUUGGCAAAAAGGCCUGGUAGUGCGCGUGAAUUGUGGCUGCAUAGAGAGAAUUUCUCGUGA